UAAACAGGGAUCUCCGGUUCUGCGUCUUCAGCCCCCCGGCCCCGAAAUAUAGCCGGGAGGCUUGGGAAAGAGAGAAAUCUAUGCCUCACUUUGGAUUUCCCUCCCAAUAAAAGAAAGGUGGUCUCCUUCUUCCCCUGUGCUUUUCUUCAGGCAGCCUCCGGAGCAAUUCAUGCUUCCAGCAGCAAGACGGACCUCCGUCCUGGACCCGCUUUUCCAAGCCCAAGACUGGAGCUGGCUGGGUUAGUGAGCGUUCCUUAAAGAAUGGGUCCCCCGAAGUCUCGUCUUGCAAAGGAUACAGCAGAAAAAACGGCAUAUUUUGACCCACUGGAUCUAUUUCAUGUCUGGUCUACUAUGGAAUGGGUUUCCCCAACCUCCAGGAAAACCCCAGAAUCCUUUCACCCCAUAAAGAAGGAACAACUUGGCACCUCCACUGCCAUCAACAUGGAUCUUAUAACCCUGUUUGAAGACCAUGAAGAAAGGAGUAGGCAGUGCUUUCGUGUGGAUACCGUUCCUUUGGGAGAAACACCCUGGCAGACUCUGCUUCGCCUUGGAGAGGCAGCCCAGGGAUGGCUACAACCCCACGUUCGGACCAAGCAGCAGAUUGUGGACCUGGUGGUCUUGGAGCAAUUUCUGCAUGUCUUGCCUUUGGGAAUGCAGGCCUGGGUAAGAGCCAAAAAACCCAGCAGCAGCAAGGAGGCAGUUCAGCUGGCUGAGGCCUACCUGAGGCAUCAGUGGCCUUUGGCUUUCCGUGAUGUGGCUGUAUGUUUCACGCAAGAGGAAUGGGAACUUCUAGAUAAGGAUCAGCGGAUGUUAUAUUACAAUGUCAUGCAGGAGAAUUCUGAGAACAUGGCCUCCCUUGAAUUGCUGCCUUCAGAUCCAAAAGGGACCCAGCAUAACUCUAAAAAUAAUGUGAUAUUCCAGAAGACAAAAGAGAAGAAGAUUCAGGUGCCUAAAGAGGAGAAGAUCCCGAGAGGUCGAUCUACAGGUUACCAGUCCAAAAGUAUGGCUAUAAGGGAAAAGCCUCCUCAGGAGGAAUCUGUGACUGAGCAACUGCAUGAGACCUCAUGGUGGGAUAUUUUCUUUGAUCCCAAGUUGUCUGAAACUAUCGAGAACAAAUCAGCAGGACUGCAGAACGCUUUGCCAGAACUGACGCAAGGCUGUAGAGCUCCCAGGAAGAUAACAAGGAACAGAUGCCGAAUAGGAAUCACUGUGUCCAAAAGAAACUAUGCCUGUUCUGAAUGCGGAAGGAGUUUUGAUCGGCGCUCAAACCUGGUCAAACACCAGAGGGUCCACACUGGAGAGAAGCCGUAUCCCUGCUUUGAGUGUGGAAAAUGCUUCGACCAGCAGUCUAACCUCAAUGUCCACUUGCGGGUCCAUACGGGGGAGAAGCCUUACGGCUGCCCAGACUGUGGUAAGAGGUUCAGUAUCAAAUCUCAUUUACAUGGACACUACAGGAUCCACACAGGAGAGAAGCCCUAUGAAUGUGGGGACUGUGGGAAAAGGUUCCGUAUAAAAUCUUGCCUGAGUAAGCACCAGAGAAUCCAUACAGGCGAUCCUAAGCCAUCUGAAGUCAUUGAGAUCAAAGCUGUAGGACCACAGGCACUGCUGCCAGAGCUGAUACAGGGAUACCCACCACCCAGAAAAGGGAAUUUCGUUAAAAUGACAAGCAGCCGGCCUCGAAUAGGAAUCGCCGUGUCAAAACCGAACUACGCCUGUUCCGAGUGCGGGAGAAGUUUUGACCGGCGUUCAAACUUGAUUAAACACCAGAGGAUCCACACCGGAGAGAAGCCGUAUCCGUGUGCUGAAUGCGGGAAACGUUUUGACCAACAAUCCAAUCUCAAUGUCCACUUGCGCGUCCAUACAGGAGAGAAACCUUACGGCUGCCCAGACUGCGGUAAGAGAUUCAGCAUCAAAUCUCACUUGCACGGGCACUACAGGAUCCACACAGGAGAGAAGCCCUAUGAAUGUGGGGGAUGCGGGAAGAGGUUCCGGGUGAAAUCUUGCCUGAAUAAGCACCAAAGAAUCCAUACAGGAGAAAAACCCUAUAAAUGUCUCGCCUGUGAGAAAACUUUUGCCUGCAGCUCUAACCUCAUUAAGCACCAAGUGACUCAUUCGGGGGAGAAAGAUUUCACAUGUCCAGAGUGUGGGAAAAAUUUUGCCAACAAAUCAGAUCUCAACAAACAUGAGCGAAUUCACACAGAAGAAAAACCAUGUGCCUGUACUUUCCAUGUUCAAAGAUGCCAUGAGAUUUCUCAGAGAAACAAGCAGAGAAUCCACACAGAGGAAAGUCUGUAUGAAUGCCCUGUCUGUAGGAAAAGGUUUGGAGAUGACUCUCAGCAGAGCAAACACCAGAGUAUUCACAUCCUGUAGAUCAGCUAAGAUCAGUCUGUAUUUUUAAGUGGAUGGGAGUCUUUCCUUCUGCUGAAGAUGCUAAUUAUAAAUGAACAGAAAAUUAACUGAUGUCUCCAGUGAGAGGCUUGUGUGGGAAAUGUGUUUGAGUCCUAAGAUACAUGAUCAGUAUUGCCAGAAAUUUCAAAUAUCAAUAAGAUACGUUGCCAUGCGAAAAUUCAGCUGCGUACACAACUCAGUAUUAGUGGAUUGUGUCCCAGUUGAACUCACAAACAUCUUCACAGGGUGGGAUGGGACAGCAGGAUGCAUGAGUCACUAAAGACUUCUCGCACAAUUCUUUCAUCGGCCACAAUCAUGGAAACCACCAUCAUCCAUAGUGCUGAAGUACCUUGCUGUUUUCAGAUGCCUUCUCUUAAUGUGUCCCUGUAGGAAUUCAGUAGAAAUUAGCCGUGCCCCCCCGAAAGAACUUUCAUCACCCAGCUAGUCUGGAUCAUGCUGCAUUCCAGAAAGAGCAGGACUACUUGCCUAGGUGUAACCAAAAGCUCAGCGCCCAGACGGGGAAGAAACUAGCACACCCAUGAGGUCACAUCAGGGGAGAUUAUGGGGAGAACAUCAGGUCUUGUUUCUGCUGAGGCUUUCUCUUAUCCAGUAGGGCAUGGGGGAUUGGGGCUUCCUGGAAGUUGACCAUUGGGCCAACUCAGAGCAGAGGGGCAGGGGUGGGAAUCCUACGACCCAUAGACUCCCAAGAAGUUCUC